AUGAGGUACUUUGCAAUACCUCGCUUGACUAGCACCGGUCCAGGCAAGCUUUCCAUACACGACAAUGAGGACUGGAUCCGGGGACAGGCGGGGAAAAUGCCGAAGCUGAAACAAUCCGAAGUCGUCGAUGUUCUCGGUGAACGAAACAGUGUCAUCGGAGUUGAUGCGAAAAAGGAGGCCAGCAUCGAAGGUCUGAGUGAGCAUGGACACGAGCUCGAUAAUGGACCAAGGUAG